AUGCCAGGAGACAAUGAUCCGGCCGCUUCGACGGCGCUGAUAUCGGACAUCACCAGCGACAACGAGGGGGAGCAGGCGUACGAGGACGCCCCGACGAGACCCGGCACUUCACAAUCGAAGGCUCCGUCAGAAGACAAGGCACCGAGUGUAAAGGCGCCGUCUCAAAAGGCACCCAGCAGGCAACCUUCCGGCGAGCAGAGCAGGGCAGCCGUACCGGCGGGGACGGGUUCGCAGCAGGGAAGCAGACGAGGAUCCAACGAGGCAGCAGUACCAGGCGUCGCUGACGCCCCCAACACGGCCUCCGAAGCUGCCAUUGCCCGGGAUCGAGCCCCUGGAGAUGAGAACCGUGAGGCAUUCCGUGAUUCUACCAUCACGGCCGUCAGCGAGAGCACGGCACAGGUGCUGGGACGCGAAGGGCCGCCCAAGACAACGACUGACCCGGCGACCCCAGGAGUCCUGGCCGGCACCACGCCUGGCGGCGACAGAGGCCUUGAUGAUGACGACGACGAUGACGAGCUUGAGCCGCUGACCAAGUACGUGGACUGGAAGGAGCACAUCUCCAUCUCCAUCGGCCCCUUCAUCAUUCUCUUCUUCGAUCUAGCUCUCCCAGUCUGCAUUUACUACAGUUGGCUCCGUGCGCAGCGCAAUCGUCGCCGCGACGCCUGUGCGCCCGCAUACGAGGCCGGCGUCGAGUGCGGCCUCCCCGCCGUUGAGACAGUCGAGUCUCGCAUCCUGGGUUUUGCCAUUAUCGCCUUCGGUUUCGGCGAGGUGUACAUCCUCAUCGUGCGCGUCUACCGCCUCAUCGCAAAGUACGAAAAGUGCGCGCCGCUGCUGUCGAAGCACUGGUGGGAGCUGGACGCCACGACGUGGGUGUACGCGCUCGGCCUCAUCGCCGCGCUGGUGCCCUUCGUCUGCUCGACCACCGUCUACGACCCCUUCGUCGUCGAGUGGCUGUACCUCUACUCACCGGGCUUCAUGUUCAUGAUCCUCGACGCGAUCGCGCUGAUGACGCUGAUCCCGAUCAAGAUGCCGAUCCGCAUCAACUCGGACCCGGCGGGCGAGCGGCUCAAGCCCAUUGUGUACUACGCCGCCGAGGACUUCUUCGCCGUCGACGGCGCGCAGAACCGCGAGUUCCGCAAGCGCUACGUCGAGCGGUACAAGAAGUCGAUGAUGUUCCGCAAGAUGAUCCUCGAGCUGACGCUGUUCUGGAUCGGCGGGUGCUCGUGCUACCUGGGCUAUGUGGCCGCGAUUAUCUGGGACUUGGAGUUUGAGCGUGCGUUUGGCACGUCGUUGGGCGUCUUAUUUGGCUGGAUCAUCGUCUGGGGUGUGACUGCGAGAUUUUGGAUUGAGUAUGCGAUCAAGAGAGAAAAGAAGUGGUGGAAAGAGAACAAGGCCGAGAGAGAAGCGGCAAAGAUUCAAUGA